AAGAAUCAAACAAAAUCUCCUAGACAGGGCGAUAUGCGCACCACUACAAGAACAUCCCCAUGGGUCCACGGCGGCGGUAGUGGCCGUGCAGCGCAGUGAAGAGCCCUCCCGCGCCGCGCCACUUCACGGGUCCACGACGCGGCCUGGUGGAACCGGUCCACCGCCACCGCCACCUCCACCUCACGGACGCCGAGGGCCGGGCCGGCGCGGCGGCAUCCGCCGCCGGAGGAGGAGGAGGAGGAUGGCCGAGAAGGCGGUGGGGAACGGGCCCAGGACGAGGGCCCGGGGCGGGCUCGCCGCGGCCUCCGCGCCGCCGUCAGCCAGGAGGCUCUCUGCGGUGUCGUACACGGCGGCGCCGAAUCUGACCAAGAAGGUCCCUGACCCGAAGGUUGUGAAGCCAGCCAGAAGAACGACACCGGUCAAGAAGCGGCCGCAGGUAGAUCAGGCGCAGAAGCAGAGAGAAGAGCUUGCCGCUUUGCAGGAGCAGCUUGGUGGCCUGCAAAAGAAGUUGCUUGAGAAAGAUGAGGCUUUGAGAUCUGCCGAGCAUCUGAUUAGCCGGAUCAGUGCGGCAAACGCCGCUGUUGAUGAACUGAGAGGACAACUUUCUGAGAAGGAAUCGCUGAUUGAGUCCACUGGAUCAGAAUUGCAUGGUGCAAAGAUUCAAUUGGCAGAGAAGCAAGCUGCCCUGGAGAAGUUAGAAUGGGAGGCAAAGGUGUCAAGUACAAAGGUCGAAGAACUCCAAGUAGAUGUGGCCUCCAUGGAUGUUGAAAUCUCUGCUCUAAUGAAGCUAUUUAGAAAAAUAACAGAAAAUGAUCGAACCCCUUAUCCGAGGGAGAGAACCGAUGAUUCAUCUUUGGAAUGUGAACCGGUUCAACUUGAUGAAAUAGCUGGCGAUAUCGACAUGGAGAAGAUGGAGCACGAAAUGUCGGCGUAUGUUACAGCUCUAGCUGCCGCGAAAGACAAUCCUACUGACGAGUUCCUGAAGGCAGUAACCGAAGCAAGACUAAAACUCCAAGCCUUUGUACUCUAACUCAGGUGCCUGGAAUCACUGACCAUGCCCUUGAACUACCCGAAGGAGCAGCUCUAUUACGCUGUGCCAAUCACUGUGUUAGGCCGAUGACAUGAUGCAUCGAAGCUGACAGCUCUUGCUUCUGGAUCUCACAUUACAGAGGAUCCAUGUUUGUGUUGUGUCGUUUUGGGUCUGGUCGAUGAUGUCUCUGAGCUUCUUGUUGUAACUUUGUAAGCUAUAAGAACUGUAUGACCGAACAUUUUAGUAGAUGUCACACGUACCAUUUUAGUGAAAUGAACACCAGGUGGGUUCAGCUUGCCUGAACGACCCAAUUAUUCUCA